AUUUUCCUCUUUUCCAUGUCAGACACCAAUUGUGAGUAUGGUUUUUGCCCAAUCUGAGAUUUUACAAAAGGAAGUCUAUUUAUUUGAACGCAUUGACGCCUCUUCCAGAGAAACUAUGAAACACCUGAAAUGCAUUUGUUUUCUACGACCAACUAAAGAAAAUGUCCAGCAACUUUCCCAAGAACUACAUCUUCCCAAAUAUGGUUUAUAUUAUAUUUAUUUCAGCAAUGUAAUCAGUAAGCAGGAUGUGAAAGUUUUAGCAGAAGCCGAUGAUCAUGAAGUUGUUCGUGAAGUGCAGGAAUUUUAUGGUGAUUACAUUGCUGUGAAUCCACAUCUAUUUUCUCUAAACAUUGUAGGAUGUUGUCAGGGUUGCACAACAUGGUUACCGAAAUCCCUUUCCAGAACUGUGCAAGGUUUGACUUCAGUGCUUCUUUCUCUAAAGAAAUGUCCAAUGAUUCGUUAUCAAAACUCAUCAGAAAUGGCUCGGAGGUUAGCUGAAAAUGUGCGGCAAGUCAUCAAUAAGGAAGCAGCUUUGUUUGAAUUCCGAAAGACAGACAUAACUCCGCUGCUUCUUAUUUUGGAUCGACGAGAUGAUGCUGUGACACCGCUUUUGAAUCAAUGGACCUAUCAAGCAAUGGUUCAUGAAUUACUUUCCAUCAACAACAACAGAAUCAAUCUGUCGAGUGUACCUGGAAUUUCACGUGACCUCCAAGAAGUAGUCCUUUCUGCUGAGCAUGAUGAAUUUUACGCAAAUAACAAUGACAUAAUGAUGAUCUUCCUAUUCCACCAUUGUUUAUUUGCUUCAUCUAUCAAUUACCUUCAUGCUUUGCAGGCUUUUGUUGAGAAUUACCCCCAGUUUAAGAAGAUGUCAGGAACAGUUUCCAAACAUGUUACCGUUGUAGGAGAACUGUCUCGUCUUGUUGGUCAGCAUAACUUACUGGAAGUUUCUGAAUGUGAACAAGAGCUGGCUUGUCAGAAUGACCAUUCAGCUUCUUUACAGAAAGUUAAGAACCUGUUAAAUAAGGAAAAAAUCCGUGAUGUCGACAUGUUACGUCUUGUUAUGAUCUAUGCUCUACGCUAUGAGAAACACAGCAGCAAUGAGAUUUCAGGACUUGUAGAUAUACUCCGGAAGAAGGGACUCAAUGAAAAACUACGUUCAAAGGUGCAAGCACUCCUUGAUUAUGGAGGGAGCCAUGCACGAGGAACAGAUCUGUUUGAGAAUGAAGAUCCUGUUGCAAUAACAAAGCGUUUCCUGAAAGGAUUAAAGGGUGUUGAAAAUGUCUACACACAGCACAAACCUCUGUUACAUUCCAUAUUAGAUCAACUAACAAAGGGCAAGCUGAAGGAAUCCAGUUAUCCUUAUUUAGGGACUGGACAAUUGAAAGAUCGUCCGCAAGACAUUAUAGUAUUUAUGAUUGGUGGAACAACAUAUGAAGAGGCUCUAACUGUGCACUGCAUUAACAGAUCUGUAACUGGUGUGCGUAUUGUUAUUGGUGGUACAGCUGUACAUAAUUCUAAAAGUUUUUUGGAAGAAGUAUCUCAAGCUGUUCAAGGACAAACACCGACACGUUAUAGUAACCAUCCACGGUGGUAAAAAAAAAAUUCUAAUAAAUCUCAGAAUUAAAAAGUCUUCUAUCCAUUGCUCUAAUUUAAGUGUUGUGUAAGAAAUUCUUUAUUAUGCAAAUUGAAAAAAAAAAAAAUAAAAACUAAUGAACCAC